ACAACGUCAGUUUUGCAUGUAAAAUGAAUAAUUCAUACGUGAGGUAUAAAUCGAAUAAAAAUGAUGGUGGCCUUCUGUGAAAGUAUUACUCCCAGUCCAACAAGUCUUCAAGCUCAAAAUGGAUUCAAUCAAACUAGUGUUGAUUAUUUUGGCUUUUUUUGGGAGUGUAUUUUGUCAGCAUCCUGAAGAUUUUAACGUCGUAGAAAAAAUCUGGUCAUCCAAACCUGUAAGACUUGUUGCGGAAAGUUUCACGAAAGGAGUUUAUACAGUUCCUGGAUAUGCAGCAAAUGAAAGGGAAGACAGCUCGGAACCUCCGUUUGACCCUUCUCCAGAGUGCGGCGAUCAAUACUUAAACUUGACGGAGGGAGCAUUCGGAACGAUCACAUCUCCAAAUUAUCCGGAACACUACCCUUCAGGCCUUCAUUGUGAAUGGGUGAUUGAGAGCAUUCCUGGUACUGUGAUCGAAACUACUUUCUUCGACGUGGUCACGCAACCUUGGCUGUUUUCGUUUUCCGAUUAUGUUUUAGUUUCGCCAACUGGAAAAUGGGACAGUUAUCGGAGGUUUGCUGGUGAUGUAAAUCAUAAAAUGCCGUUUACUGUAGUAUCAAAAGAAAACCGCUUGGGCAUUCGCUUUGUGUCUUCAAGAUGGCUAAACUUCCGAGGAUUCAAGUUGACAUACGUUGUCAGAGCUAUGAAAGCUUCAGAUGAAUCGCCAGCAAUGAACGAAUAUGGCAGUGCCUUCAACAAUGAUCUUGUAGCAGUUUGCAGCUCAAAACCAAUUGCCAAUGACCGAGUAAACACCAAGUUUCAUUCAGGAUAUGAUAAAUACGAGAAAAGUGUUGAACAACGGAUAGAAAGACAAAUUCGUAUUGUGAAUGGUGUUGAAACACUCCCACACCAAUACCCAUUUAUGGUCAUUAUUCUUACAAACCAAGGUGGAUUCUGUGGUGCUUCGUUGAUUGAUCAAAGUCAUGUUCUCACAGCAGCCAGUUGUUUCGACAGUGGCGAAGAAGAACUACAAUCCCUUGAUCUGGUAUUUGGAACAUACAACUUAUCUAAUAGAGCAGAAAAUCUCUAUGCCAGGCAGUACCGUUCUGUGCAGUAUCCGGAUAUUGCGAAUAAUGUCUUUAUUCAUCCACAUUACGAACCAAAGUCUGGAGCAAAUGAUAUCGCCAUUGUGAGAGUGGGAAAGGUUAAAGUUACAAAAUAUGUUCAACCCGUUUUUCUCCCGAGUGUGUACACCGAAUCAAACUCAUUUAGCGGAUGGGAACUACGAACAGUUGGUUGGGGAUCAGUAGAUGCGGACAAGUCCAAAAUCAAAUUGUCCCCCGUUUUACGUGAAGCUGCUGCCACGGUUAUUCCAACCCUCCAUUGUCGAGAAGAAUUUUCCGGAUCGGUGACUGGAAAUCACAUAUGCACAAAAAAUCCAUUUAUAAAACCUGGUGUACCCAAACCAACAACCGAAUUGACAUCUACUCUAGAAGUUGAAACGACAGAGUAUCCAUCCUCAUCAACAGCAGAUGAGAUAACCACAUCAAUUGUUCCAGAAGAGGAAUCUAGCGUUUCACCAUCUGCAUCAUAUGCCAAUGAUGAUUCUUCAGACGAGGACACCCCUUCAGAAUCUCCCACUGUUGAAUAUCAAAGUCCAUGUUACGGAGACAGUGGUGCCCCAUUGUUGGCCGAGUUUGAAGAAAAUUACUCGGAAGCCGAUGCAAUUGAUCCUAACAAAGCUGGGGCUUCAAUGCAUGAUUGCGUCAACGCUAAGCAAAAUGGAGCUGGAAAUCCUGUCAAACAACCACAAGAUACGGUAUGUCAACGCCCUAAAGACAAGACUGAAAAAUGGUUUGUCCAAGUUGGUGUUCUUUCAUUCGGAUCUCGAGUUUGCGGACGAAGAAUCCCAGUAGUUUACACCAGAGUGACAGCAUAUUUACAAUGGAUAGCAUACAUAACUGGGCGGCAUGGGUAAUUACUGUAAUUAGUAUAUGAAAAUCACGUGCACAUGCAUCACUUUUACACCAGAAGUUUAUCCUCAAUAAAGAGAACAAUAGAAGUUCAAGGGACUUGGGACUUGUA